AUGUCAGAUGAAAUUGAAGUGCCGGUUCUGAUUGUGGGAGGAGGGGGCUGCGGUCUUACACUGUCUUGCUUUUUAUCCGAUUAUGGUAUUGAUCAUGUCCUUGUCGAAAAGCAUUUGAGUACAUCGAUACUACCCAAGGCACACUAUCUUAACCAGCGUACUAUGGAGAUCCUCCGGGCUCACAAUAUGGUCGAUGAAAUACUGCAUAAAACAUGUCCCCCUCGUUAUAUGAGCCAAGUUGCCUGGCAGACGUCUCUCGGGGGAGAUGGUCCGACCGAUCGCAAAAUCAUACACAAAAUGGAAUGUUUCGGCGGGCAUCGCGGUACUGAGUUUGCCGAAUCAUAUAAACGUGAUGCGCCCCUCCGCUCCGGCAACUUACCCCUUUUGAGGCUCGAGCCGAUAUUUAGAAGCCUGGCAGAGAGAAGAAAUCCCGGCAAGAUCUUCUUUGGUACGAAUAUGGUGGACUUCAUCGACGAGGGUACAUCUGUGAAGGUCAAAACUACAGACACAGAGGGCAAGGAGAUAAUAUAUCGCUGUCGCUACCUCAUUGGCGCAGAUGGCGGCCGAACAAUUGGAUCCAAGUUGGGAGUUGAAAUGGAAGGGCCACGAAAUAUCACCGACAUGGUGUCAGUGCACUUCGGCGCCGACCUCUCUGAGUACUGGGACGAGAGGUACUUUGCCUGUCACUUUAUAAAUGGGGAGUGCGGCACCGUUUUUGAAAGUGGUGCAAUCGUUCCCAUGGGCCCCAGCUGGGGGAAAGAGUCCGAGGAGUGGGUGUUUCACUUUGGAUUCGCGAUGGAUGAUGAUAAGCGACAUGACGAGUCAGCUCUACUUCCAAGGAUUCGACAACUGCUCAAGAUCCCUGAUCUUGCCAUAAAGGUGCAUAAGAUCAGCCACUGGAAUAUAGAAAGGGUUCUCGCUGACAAGUACCGUGUCGGACGCGUGUUCCUUGCCGGCGAUGCUGGAAACCGUCGCCCGCCAACAACCGGGCUUGGCCUUAACACCGCCAUUGAAGACUCACUUAACAUUGCCUGGAAGCUGAGCCUUGUUCUGGGUGGGCAGGCAGGUCCAGGAAUUCUCGACUCCUAUGAAAGCGAAAGGCGGCUUGUGGGUCGCGUAAACUGCGACUGGGGCCUAUUUACCUUUAGCAACUCAUCCGUCAUCAAUACGGCUGUUGGGCUAAUGCCCGGCCAGCCAGAUGUCAAUCGCCUGCGUUUUCAGAUGCUCUUUGAAGACUCGGACCGAGGGCUCAGCUUCAAAGCACAAGUCGGCCGUAUUAUCGAUACACAGGCCAUAGAGUUUCAGGCCCACGGAAUUGAGUUGGGAUUUCGAUACACUUCGGGGUUCUUGAUUCACGAUGGAAGUGUUCCUAGCAAUAGGGAUCCUUUAGGAUUAAAAUAUUAUCCAACGACCCAGCCUGGACACCGCCUUCCACACACGUGGUUGGAGAAAGACAAAGAGCUUAUAUCAACGCACGACUUAGUUCGAGGCCCCGUGGCAUUCGCUGUGAUCACAGAUGGCGAGGGGCAUGCUUGGAUUGGAGCUGCAAAGAGACUUGCCGAGAGCCUUGGGAUACGAGUAUCCGGUGUUCAGAUUGGCGAUAAGUGUCCUUAUAGGGACUACGAGGAGCGAUGGCAACUGCUUAGCGGCUUGCAGCCUGGAGGGGCCAUAUUGGUGCGACCAGAUAAUAUGAUUGCAUGGAGAUCUACUUGGGGGAGUAUGAAGAAUGGUGAAGAGUUGGAAUUAGCAAUGCGGGGACUCCUUUGGUUGGAGGAGCAUCAAAAGACCUGA